UAAAUACUAAAUUAUGUCUAAGAAACUGGUUGUUGUAAUAACAGGAGUUACUUGUGGGGGGAAAACUACAAUUUCUGAUCAUCUUAAAAAUGCAUUUGAUAAUAUUUCAAUAUUACAUCAAGAUGACUUUUAUUACACUGACUAUGAUGAGCGUUUGGAAAAAAUUCCUGAACUUAAUUAUCAUAUGUGGGACACAAUAAAUGCAUAUAAUAUGAAUCAAAUGAUGACCUCAAUUGAAUCUCAAAAGUCUCAUAUUUUGGUGCUAGAAGGGAUUAAUUUAUUUGAUGACACCAGAAUUUUAAAAUUGGCUGAUUUAUCUUUUUUUAUUGUUAUGAAUAAAAGUGACUGUUUGGAAAGACGUAUCGCAAGAACAUAUUUACCUCCUGAACCAGCAGGAUAUUUUGAAAAGUAUGCUUGGCCUGAAUAUGAAAAAUAUUUAACAAGGAUUAAAGAAAAAGAAUUUAAUAAUAUAAUAUUUUUAAAUGGUUCCGAUAGUAUCAACUAUAAUGUGACAGUUGUUGUUAAUCACAUUCAUCAACAGUUAUUAAAAUAAUUAUGAUCAUUUUUUAAUUCAUUAUUGAAUAUUAAAAUUCAGAUUAACUUGAUUUAACUUUUACUAUUUACUCAUUAUUUAGUUAUGAUUACAUUUAUAAAUUAUAAUUUGAUAUUUUAGUUUCUUAUAUAAAUAAAUUGUAUUGUUUAUUUGA